GCAGUGCUUUGUGUACCUUGAUUCAACGGUUGUUUACGUUCAGUUGAAAUGUGGUGAAACGUUUGAACAACGAUUGUUUUGCCGCAUUAGCGCAUCAACUCCACGAAAUGGGUGUAAAAGAUCUCUGGAAUUUACUAACUCCGCACAUGGAGCGCAAGCCACUGUUCGAGCUGAGCAAUAAGGUGGUUGCGAUCGAUCUUUCCGGCUGGGUGUGCGAAAGCUUGAACGUUGUGGAUUAUUUCGUCCAUCCGCGGUUCUAUCUACGCAAUCUGUUCUUCCGUACCUGCUACUUGCUGCAAACCGGCAUCACGCCUGUCUUUGUGCUGGAGGGCACGGCACCGCCGCUAAAGUACGGCGUAAUCGUUAAGCGCAAUCAGAUGCAGUUCCGCGGAGCGCGCCCCAAGAAGAUUGCCAACUGCGACAAAGCAACGGUCAGCAGUACGCAGACCACGGAAAAGCCCGCCAAACCGACGGAACAGAAACGGAACCGGUUUCACCAUGUGCUGAAGCAGUGCGAGGAACUGCUCAGCGCCAUGGGGUUGGUGUGCGUGCAGGCACCCGGGGAAGCGGAAGCCCUGUGCGCCUAUCUAAACCGGGACAAUCUCAUCUACGGUGUGAUCAGCCAGGAUUCGGACUGCUUUGCGUACGGUGCCGUUCGUGUGUUUCGCAACUUUUGUGCCUCCCAGAACGGGGGCUCGGUCGAGAUUUACGAUCUUACCCGGGUGAACGCAAGCGUGCUGCAGCUCGGCCAGGAAAAGAUCGUUGCCAUGGCGCUACUGUCCGGCUGCGACUACUGUCCGGCCGGUGUGAUGGGGGUGGGCCGGGAGCUGGUAACGCGCUUCAUCAGCUGUUACGAAAAUGGUGAAAUAUUGCCCAAGAUUCGAUCCUGGCGUAAGACGGCCGAUCGGCUGACGGAGCUGGAAAUUCGAGCCGAAGAUAAAAACAUCUGCUCCGAGUGUGGUCACGUCGGGAAGCAGCUGCAGCAUCGCAGGGCCGGUUGUUUGGACUGUCGAAUGAAGCCCGGCUGCAAUGAGACGCGGUGGAAGCAGCAACGUUGCAACAUUCGGACGGAGCUGGAAAUUAAACGCAAAGCGCUGAAAGAUCCGGAAUUCCCACACGAACCGAUCAUAGAAGAGUUUCUUACCCGGCCGUGCGAGCUGCCAGCGCUUGACCUAUCCUGGAGGCAGCCCAACUUGGUGAAAUUUAUUAGAAGCAUGUCUACCUACCUGCAGUGGAACGAGCUGUACUGCUUUCAAAAGCUUCUACCACUCUUCACGCGCUGGCAGGUAUACGCAAAGGAGCAUCCUUCGUGUAAGCGAAGCAGCAUCUUUCUCGAACCGGAUCAUAUAAAAAAGCAACGAACACCGAAAGGCAUCGCUAGCUACGAAAUAGUGUGGAAAGAUGCGCACAACAUGUUUACGGGGCUAAUUCCGCAAGAGCAAAUCGAUUCCUAUCUGGCCGAAGCGGGCAACACGCUCGAAAGCUUAUGGAGUACGAUCGAACCGCACGAUCUGGUGCAGACGGCAUAUCCGGAACUGGUGGACGCCUUUCACGCAAGCAAAAGCAAGGGUAAAAAGAAAAAAGCACCCACCAUACCAUCGGCUGCCGAGGACAAACCGAAGAAGAAAGUCCGCACCAAGAAGGAUAAGGGGCAAAUUCCGUUAAAAGAGUUUCUAGCGAAAGCAAACAGCCAAACGCAGAAGGAGGAAAUGGUCGAGCAAAGGGGCAACAGUAGCGGCAGUGAUACGGAAAACCAUCCAAACGCCCUAAACGUAUCAUCCGAGGAGGCGUGCCUGAGUUCGGUCGAUCAUUUCCUGAACUUUACCGCCGAGCUGGAAGCCAUCGCGGAGGAUCGCACAGCAAACGAUACGUUCAAUUCGUCCAACUUUAUCGAACGCUUGUGCCGGCCAAACUAUCUGCAGCAAGCGCUGGAAGAGUACAUGCAACUUAUUGAGACGGAACGGAAGGCCAGCGCAUUGCAGCAGCUCCUCUCACAGAGUGGUGUUGCCCUGUCGAGGGAAGCGGAGGAAGAACUGGAAGAAGACGGCCGUGUGCAGCAUUGCAUCGUGUUGAAGCGUGAUAUACUGAACGCUUCAAUGGGCGGUAAUGGGCAGCAGCUGAUGAAUCAGUCCGCUUGCCAGAUGCUACCGAGCAAGAAGAAGCGCAUGAGCUUCUUUUUCGAACCAAUUGACAUUCCGCCUCCGGAGGAGCAGCAGGAGCAUGGAAACGAACCGGAUGGUAUGGACAUGUUCGAGUGUUCGCUUAUGCUGAAGGAUCAAAUUGUGGUUGGACCGUGCGACGGGGAAAGUGAUAUCAAUCAGACAAUCAUAUACGAUGUCGAUUUUUAGAAUGAUAAUAUUAUAUGUAGAUUUGCUUACGUUUUAUACGUUUUUACA